AUGGCAACUGCGGAGCAAAGUACAUUAGAAAAUACGUUUGCACUUCUUUGUAUUACUAUGGUAUCAUUGUUGGGGUUUGUCGGCAAUGGCUUAUCACUUCAUAUCAUAAUUUCAAAUUCAUACUAUCAGAAUGCCUUUGGCACUCUCCGUACUAUAGUUUUGCUGUGUAAUAUACAAACAAUAUCGGUUUUAUCGAUAUGGAGCGCUGUUGUCCUACUAACGGGUUUCCGUGAAUUAUCAUCAACGAAAUAUUUCAUAGCCUUAAUACCCGGAUGUUUGGCUAAUGUAUCUUUUUACGGGACAAUAUUGACAAGUUUGUUAAUUUCGCUGAAUAGGUACUGCGCAUUUGCAUAUCCUCUGAACUAUCACUUUUAUUGGACCAUAGCGAAAGCUCGCUAUGCGGGAAUUAUUGUCUAUUUCUUUGGGUUUCUACCGUGUUUGCCUAGCAUUUUUG